AUGAGCGACACAUCGCAGGUGUCGGACGCCGUCUUGACGCAAAUCCUCGGGCAGCUGCAGGCCCUCCAGGUCUCGCAACAAGCUUUGCAAGCCAAGCUCGAUGCGCUCACCAGCCCGACCCGCUCUCCCCCGCUCGCGCCAGUCGCCAACGGCAUACCCAUCCCCGGCGCCUCAGGCUCGCCGUCCGCCGCGCCGCAGCCGCUCUCGCCCAUCGGCUCGCUAGACAAGGUGAUCAGCGACAAAGAGCGCGAAAAGGCGCUCUACCCCCAGCGCGUCAUCCUCACCACGUACCCCGACCAACACGGGAUCAGGCCCUUCCCGCUCCAAUGGGGCGCCUCCGACCCGAGCGUCCGCGGGCCCGUCAUCUGCUCCCGCCUGCCCUCGUCCAUCAAACAGCGCAACGCGCUCGGCGCCCACUCCGGCUCCUACUCGAUCUACCGCGCGCUCGCCAUCGCCCUCGGCACGCUCUCGCCCUCGCACAAGCCCGACUACGCCCACACCGAGCCGCCCGUCGCGAUCCCGCCCGUCCCCGCCUGGGCCGACCCCGCCAAGAUCGUGUCCUUCGACCCCUGGGGCCACCUCGUCCCGCAGGUGUUCAAGAGGGAGCUCGAGGAGCUCGGGCUCGACGUCCGCCCGAGCAUCGCCGUCACCCGCGCGCAUAUCAAGCUGAGCGAGAUCGACGAGAGCGUCAGGAAGGGCGAGAUCGCGGUCGACGGGAAGAUCGUGAUCAAGAGCCGGCCGCUCAGGAACGAGGACGGGAGCGAGAGUCAGGCCGAUCCCGGGGUCGAGAUCAGCGUGAGCAAGGCGGCGGUCGACCCGGUGUGGUAUCUGCCCGGCGUCGCGGAGCGGUUCGGGAUUUCAGAGAGCUUGCUCCGCCGCGCGUUGUUUGAGGACACGGGAGGGAUGUACCCCGAGCUUAUCACCCGUCCGGACAUCAAGGUCUUCCUCCCGCCCAUCGGCAACUUGACCGCCUACAUCUUCGGCAACCCCGCGUAUCUGCGCGACGAGUCGAAGGAACUCACCCUCCGCGUCCACGACGAAUGUAACGGCUCAGACGUGUUCGGCUCGGACAUCUGUACCUGCAAACCCUAUCUCGUGUACGCCAUCGAAGAGUGCGUGCGCUGCGCUCAGCGCGGAGGCGUCGGCGUCGUCGUCUACUUCCGCAAGGAGGGCCGCGCCCUCGGCGAGGUCACCAAGUACCUCGUGUACAACCUCCGCAAGCGCGGCGGCGACUCGGCGGACAAGUACUUCAAGUCGACCGAGCUCAUCGCCGGGGUGAAGGACAUGCGUUUCCAGGCGCUCAUGCCCGACGUCCUGCACUGGCUCGGGAUCACCAAGAUCCACAACAUGGUCUCGAUGAGCGACAUGAAGUACAACGCGAUCGUGCAGUCGGGCAUCCCCAUCGUCAAGCGGUACGACAUCCCCGAACACCUCAUCCCGCCCGACUCGCGCGUCGAGAUCGACGCGAAGAUCGCCGCGGGCUACUUCACGAGCGGCAAGAAGGUCACCGAGGCCGACCUCGCGAAGACCGUGGGCCGCGCCUGGGAGGAGACCGAACAUUGA